CAUCUUUCUAUCGCCACGAUGAGUAGACUGAACGCAAAUGCUUUCAGCUUUGUGCCAGGACAGGGUUUCCGUUCGCCACAGCCUGCUCAGCCCGCUCAACCUCCUGCUCCGAUUGAACGGCCACCACAGACAGAAGCCCCGCCCCCGCCUCCAACCAUCUCACUGAACAUCGGCGGAUCCAAGCCUACCCCCCCUCCUUCUGCUUCUCAGCCUACCCCCGCUGCUACCCCGCCUCCCAAGCAGCCAGAGGCGCCCAAAUCUACACCAUCCGUCCCUGCUGUUCCUGCCGUAUCCGCUGCGAAGUCUUCUUCUCAUUCAGGUUCGAGGUCGGACUCGCCAGCUCCAGCAGCCGCUGCAACAUCGAAAACAUUCUCUUUGGCAAAGGCGAAGACUGAUACCGCCGCGAUCGCGCAGGAGGUGCAGGAGCUGGCUGAUGAAACGACGCUACAGGACCUGUACGGCAGCAUCAAGGAGCAUUUAAACAUAGUAUUCAUUGGCCAUGUCGAUGCCGGGAAGAGUACCAUGGGCGGCAACCUCCUAUAUCUCACAGGAACGGUUGACAAACGGACGAUGGAGAAGUACGAGAGAGAGGCAAAGGAAGCAGGCCGUGACUCGUGGUAUCUGAGCUGGGCACUGGAUUCAACACCUCAAGAACGGUCGAAGGGCAAGACGGUAGAAGUGGGCCGUGGCUACUUUGAGACCGACUCUCGUCGUUACACGAUCCUCGAUGCGCCCGGUCACAAAACGUACGUUCCGUCAAUGAUUUCAGGUGCCGCGCAGGCGGACGUAGCAAUCCUGGUCAUCUCCGCUCGGAAGGGCGAGUUUGAGACAGGGUUUGAGAGGGGUGGACAAACGCGCGAGCACAUCAUGUUGGUCAAGACUGCUGGCGUGUCGAAGGUUAUCUGUGUCAUUAACAAGAUGGAUGAGCCUACGGUCGGAUGGUCAAAGGCCCGUUUCGACGACAUCAAAGAAAAACUGACUCCCUUCAUACGUGCCGCCGGUUUCAGCAUCAAGACAGACGUUAUCUUUAUCCCUGUUUCGGCGUAUACGGGUGCCAACCUCAAGGACCGUGUUUCGCCUGACGUUUGCUCAUGGUAUGGAGGGCCAUCGCUUCUCGAGCAGCUUGACACCAUGCCGAUGGUUGGUCGCAAGAUCCAUGCACCCCUUAUGAUGCCCGUCUCCGAGAAAUACAAAGACAUGGGUACUAUCGUCGUGGGCAAGAUCGAAUCUGGCCACAUGAGCAAGGGCGAAUCGCUUGUUCUCAUGCCAAACAAGGACAUCGUUGAAGUCUCCGCGAUCUACAACGAAAUGGAGGAGGAAGUGCAGUCUGCAUUUUGCGGCGACAACGUGCGCGUCCGGCUGCGCGGCACCGAAGACGAUGAUAUCAGCCCGGGCUUUGUUUUGACCAGCCCAUCUAAGCCCAUACACGCUGUUCGCCAAUUUGAGGCGCAACUUGCGAUCCUGGAUCACAGGAACAUCAUUUGCCCCGGAUACUCAGCAGUCAUGCACGUUCACACGCUUGCUGAGGAGGUGACACUAUCGGCCCUCUUACACUAUUUCGACAAGGCAACAGGUAGAAAGUCAAGAAAGCCGCCACAGUUCGCGAAGAGAGGCCAGAAAAUCGUCGCUUUGUUCGAAACGCAACAACCCAUCUGCGUUGAGCGCUUCGUAGACUAUCCUCAGCUUGGUCGGUUCACUUUGCGAGACGAGGGGAGAACAAUCGCCAUUGGCAAGAUCACAAAGCUCAUCGAAGGCAUACCGGAAGAGGUUGUGGAUGGAGUCGCGAACCUCAAUGUUGCUGCCGCUGCACAGGGCUAAAUAUAACAGUGUAGAUGAAAUUUGUACCGUGUAGUACCUCAUUCAUGAUUAUGUCGCGCGUAAAAGCAGUGACUGAUUGUACAAUUGAAAUAAACGAGCGGCC